AUGAUUUUAAAACAGUUAUUUUUAAUAUCCUACACACGAAAACAAAGGGAUUCUCAAGAAGACAACCGCAAACGAGCCGCUUAUGCUGCUGUUUCUCCAGAAUGGAAGUAUUACUUUGAGGCCAAGAGUUUCUUACAUCUUACCUUACAUCAGUCAGAUCUCCCAGACUUUGGCAAGAUCGUGCAACGUGAUAACCGUCAAAUAUUUGUGAAUUUCAUCUGCCUGCGCUUACAACUCCCCGAAUAUGACUGCAGUAAAUGCAGAGAACGAGAAUCGCCCGAGGAAGUCAGAGCGAAUCAAAGUCUCUUCACAAACGCAGUUUGGCAACUAUUCUCAAUAUUAUCUACUUGGAUGGAGCAGAGAAAAAUUGGAUUGGAGCUCAGUGUUCAUUCUCCAAGCGACGCACUACACUAUUGCCAGGAGCUCAAAGGCCGCAUCCGUGAUAACGUGACGGUUGUCCCUAGAUACAGGAAAUCCACCACAAAGAGAAAGAGUACUCACGGCUGGAGGCGAGGGAGACAAGUUCAUUUCCCCCCUGAAAAUGCUAAACUCAGAGUCUUUGGACAUCCUAACGGGCUAGGCUUCGAUCUGCAAACACCGCUGGCCCAGAAGUUACGAGCUCUCCCCAAGGUUAACGCAGUAAACUGGUUACUUAUUCGUCGGCAAUUCUAUCGCCAUUUCUCUAUACCAAAUGCCUUGGGGCCAAUGAUUAAAAGCCUAACUUGCCUUGAAACAUUUCAAUAUGAACCAUGGCAGGGA